AUGUAUUAUUACCAGAGUUUUAUGUUUUUAUACCGUUUUUCUAAUCCCUUUCUUUUCUUUCUUUCUUUCUUUCUUUCUUUCUUUCUUUCUUUUCCUUUUUUUAAUAUUUUAGUUUUAUACCGUUUUCUAAUCCCUUUUUUUUUUCUUUCUUUCUUUUCUUUCUUUCUUUCUUUCUUUCUUUUUCUUUCUUUCUUUCUUUUUUUUCUUUUCCUUUUUAAUAUUUUAGUUUUAUACCUUUUAUACCGUUUUCUAAUCCCUUUCUUUUCUUUCUUUCUUUCUUUCUUUCUUUCUUUCUUUCUUUCUUUCUUUCUUUUCCUUUUUAAUAUUUUAGUUUUAUACCGUUUUCUAAUCCCUUUCUUUUCUUUCUUUCUUUCUUUCUUUCUUUCUUUCUUUCUUUUUUUUCUUUUUUUAGUAUUUUAUUUUAUACCGUUUUCUAAUCCCUUUCUUUUCUUUCUUUCUUUCUUUCUUUCUUUCUUUCUUUUCCUUUUUAAUAUUUUAGUUUUAUACCUUUUAUACCUUUUUCUAAUCCCUUUCUUUCUUUCUUUCUUUCUUUCUUUCUUUCUUUCUUUCUUUCUUUCUUUUCCUUUCCUUUUUUUAAUAUUUUACACCGUGGUAGACAAAGUUAAGCUUAGUAUCUAUCUAUCUAUCUAUCUAUCUAUCUAUCUAUCUAUCUAUCGUCCUCUGUUCGUGUCUUUCUUUCUUUCUUUCUUUCUUUCUUUCUUUCUUUCUUAA